AUUGCCUCGAAUAUUCACAUGUGAAUCAUCUCGGAUAACAAAAGUCUCUUGAAAAGAUCUUGAAAGAACUCCAUCCCCGGUCAUCUCUCUCUUCUUGGAUUUGAAAGGUGAGUCGAAAGAGAUCCGAACGUACAUGAUCUAUGGCUAAGGAGAUCAGGAAUAUGAUCACUUCUUGGAUUGAGGUAGCUCCUGCCCUCAUUGUUUAUCCCCACAAGCCUUCUAACUCACCGAGUCUUGAGCCUAUCGCCGAAGAGGAUGACGAGGAAUUCGAUCAGGAUGAUUCACAGUCUUAGCUAAUUUAAUGCAUUUGAUCCCAAUGAAGAGUUGUUGAAUCCCAAAUGCAUGUAAACCAUUCAUGUUGUUCUUCAUUCUAGAUGGCGUACAGAAGAACAAUAAUAGUUCAGAUGAUGGGUGUUUUGCUGAAGGUGAUUAUAUUGUAGUAGGAACAACUGCAGGAACAUAUAUAUAUUUAUAUAUAUAUAUAUAUAUUAUAAAAACAUCAUGUUCUGAAAGUUUGUAUAUUGCAGUGUAAAUUGAAUCUCUUUAUAAGGAAUAUGAAAUUCCUGUUUGUCUUA